CUGAUCAUUUCUGAUAACGCGGAUGCUCCGUUUUUCAUGCUUUUACUCUGAAGGAUGGGGCCGGAAGCUGUGUGUUUCCUGUUGUGGGUCUUGACGUGCUCAGGUGGUCUCUGUCAGUCCCGGUCUCUGUCAGUCCCGGUCUCAGUGUGUCUGUGUGUGUACGGAGGACCGGACAGAGCGGAGGGACGCAGCCGCUGCUCGCCGACAAACACCCUCUGAGCGCCGGGGAGCGCCGUUGAAGAGAGCCGGCAGAGGCGGAGCUGCUGGAGGUCUCCUCUGAUCCGGAUCAGUCCAGGAGGGUCCAGUCCAGGAAGGUCCACAGAGUCCGUAUUUUAUCGAUUUCUAACUUUUGGGAUUAAGAGCAGAACCAGAGGGCAGCUGCGGGACCGGGUCUGGGGCCGGGUCUGGAUUUAUCUUCAUGCUCUGCACUGACACAGGAGGUCCGCUGUGAUCCGGAUCCCCCGGUACCUUCCUCUGUGUUCAGCGGGAUCAUGGUGGGCGACAUGGAGGGGAAGGAGAAGCCGAGACCCGGUCCGGAUUACCUGAUGCAGCUCAUGAAUGACAAGAAGCUGAUGAGCAGUCUGCCGAACUUCUGCGGGAUCUUCCAGCACCUGGAGCGGCUCCUGGACCAGGAGAUCAGCCGUGUGAGGAAGGACAUGUACAUCGACGCUCUCAACGGUUCAGAGAGAGUCAGCGAGCUACCAGACGCCGUCGGUCCAAACGUCCAACUGCAGGAGAAACUCUACGUCCCCACGAAGGAGCAUCCUGACUUUAACUUUGUCGGGAGAAUUCUGGGUCCUCGCGGUCUGACGGCGAAGCAGCUGGAGGCGGAGACAGGAUGUAAGAUCAUGGUCAGAGGGCGGGGCUCCAUGAGAGACAGGAAGAAGGAGGACCAGAAUCGAGGGAAGCCUAACUGGGAGCACCUGAACGAGGAUCUCCACGUCCUCAUCACGGUGGAAGACGCUCAGAACCGAGCCGAGGUCAAACUGAAACGAGCCAUGGAGGAAGUGAACAAGCUGCUGGUUCCUGCUGCAGAGGGCGAGGACAGUCUGAAGAAGAUGCAGCUGAUGGAGUUAGCCAUCCUGAACGGGACGUACAGAGACGCCAACAUCAAGCCCUCCUCCCUCACCUUCUCUCUUGCAGCUUCCUCUCAGGCGCCUCGUUUCCUCUCAGGCCCCGCCCCUGUCGUGGCUCCACCAACUGCCCUGCGUACAUCUGCCUCCACAGGCCCCGCCCUCAUGCCUCUGAUUCGUCAGAUUCAGACGGUGCUGCCCAAUGGGACGCCUCACCCAGCGGCUCUGAUGCCGGGGGCGGGGCCUGAGUCCGGUUUAAUUUACGCAGCGCCGUACGACUACCCAUACACUCUGGCGCCAGCCUCCAUCUUGGAGUACCCUCUGGACUCUGGUGCGGUGUUGGGUAAGCCCGCCCCUCCCUGCUCCUGCGACUGCUCCCCCACGCCUCAUCACCACCCACACGGUCAGUGGAGCCCUGCCCCCACGCUGCUCCUCAGACACGCCUCCUAGAAGAUGGAAAAACAAGCGCUCCUCAGCUGAUCGAUAAGUCAUCAGUUCAGAGCAGAAAUAUAAAAACCAUGUGAGGUUUGUCCGCAGGGGGCGCUGUUCCUCCAACAACAGGUCUUAAUUUCACUGUCAGCCGUGGACGAGGCAUUCAGGUACACCUGUGUUCACUGCCUCCACUGUUCUGAUUGGCUGAAGAUGUUUGUACUACUGUCGACUCAGCUUCCUGUCAGAGAGAACAUCAUGUCACCUGACUGCAGCUUCUCUACCUGAUGUCACCUGACUGCAGCUUCUUGCACUGAAACACGUAACACCUGUGAAUCUGUGAACUGAAGCUAACAUACUUACCACACAUGUCCAACAUACAGAUGUAGACUGCACUUUAUUGAUCCCUUUGGGAUGACUCCCUCAAGGAAACUGAAUAACUGAAUUUGAAAUUGAAACAUAUCUACAACAUACUUCCAACAUAUGUAAAACAUACUUCCAACCAGUGUUUGGUAUAGUAACUUUGAAAGUAGUUAAUUAGGUUACAACGUUACCAUCAAUUAAAAGUAAUCUGUGACAUCACAGCGUCACCUAUGAAUAAAAGUCCUAUAAUAAUAAUAAUAAUAAUAAUAAUAAUAAUUAAUAAUAAUAAUAGCUGAGACGCCUGACAAUGAAUACUGUCCGUCAUCCAACCAAACUAACAACCAC